UUCUCGUUAUCUUUCCUACCCGUUUCCCCUUGACAGGAGGGUGCAAGAAAGGAUAACCGAAGAAGGAGCCUUUGUACCUUGCUCGUUGUGAGCUCCUACACCUUCCCAGCGUCUCGCCAAUGACCUCUUUGAAGAGCCCCAAGAUCCCUCUCCGUUCGUUCCCCUUCCAACAGCUCUUCUCUUUGCCUUCUCCAAGAGUCCCUCGCCUCAACAAACCCCGUCCGCCUCCCGGCGCUGUGGCCUUUCGCAAGAAAGCGAGGUUCCUGAGGUCAAUCCGUACACCAAGCGGCGGUCACGCGGCCACCCGUUGUUCCAGUGCGCAACACGGCGGGAACUCGAUCGAGGAAGUGGAACGGCCUCCCUUCGAUCUCAAUCUCGCCGUCGUUCUUGCUGGAUUUGCCUUCGAGGCGUAUACGAGCCCUCCGAAAGACGUUGGAUGGCGUGAGAUCGAUGCUGCAGAUUGUCAGACGGUGUUCCUUUCCGAGCAAUUUCUUCGUGAGGUAUAUGAUGGGCAACUUCGUAUUAAGUUAAAGAAAGGUGUAGAUUUUCCUGCAUUGGACCCAUGGGGAACAAGUGAUCCUUAUGUGGUCUUGCAAGUAGAAGGUCAGGUCGCAAAAAGCAAGGUCAAAUGGGCGUCAACAGAGCCAACUUGGAAUGAGGAUUUCACUUUGAACAUCAAGAAGACACCAGCUAAAACUUUGCAGGUUGCAGCUUGGGAUGCGAACCUCAUUACUCCACACAAACGCAUGGGAAAUGCAGGAGUUAAUCUCGAAACUUUCUGUGAUGGCAACCUGCAUGAGGUGAUGGUGGAACUGGAGGGGAUUAGUGGUGGUGGAAAGAUAUAUUUGGAGGUUAUUUACAGAAGCUAUGAUGAAAUUAAAGAAGAGAAACUGUGGUGGAGAAUGCCUUUUUUCUCAGAUUUUUUUAUAAAGAGCAACUUUGGAUCUGCUCUCAAACUGGUCCUUGGGUCUGAGGGUACAAAUGUUAGUCAAUUUGUACAAUCUGCCUUUGGGCAGUUAAAAACUUUUGGAUAUACUUAUCUUGAGAAACCUUCCUCUUUCAACAAUGAUAACAAUGACUCAGAACACACUGAUAAAUCUAUAAGUAGGAAUGCUAGCUCAGCAACAUUUCUGCAGCAAGAGAGCAGUUCAGAAUCUUCAGAUAAUUCCAUAUCUAACUCAAACCUUGAGAAAGAGCCCACGUUACUUUUGGUUCAAACUAGUGAGGAAGAAAAUUCUACAUUGGAGAACGAUGAUAAAUCAGGGCCACCAGAUGAGUAUUUCUGGAGAACUUUUGCUGAAAGUAUCAAUCAAAUUGUUCAUCAGAAGUUUGGCUUUUCACUUCCUGAGGUCAAACUGUUUGAUGGAUUUGACAAGUUAAAUAAGGUCAGCUUACAGUCACUCAGAUUUGCAGAAAAAGAGUAUGUUGAAUCUGGACUUGCAACACCUGAAGAUAAGGGUGAUAAUGAGAGACAGAGUGAUCAUCUGUCUAAUAUAGAUGAGUCGAAGUACUCACUUAUGGACAUCACGAAGGUAUCAAGGGAUGUGCUGAGCCAAACAGAGACAAUAUUUGGAGCAUUAAUGAUCCUCACUGCCACACUCUCUCAACAGAGAAAUGAUCUAAUGUCAUUGCUUGAGAGCAGCGGUAGAGAAGACACUUCCAAGACUGAAGAUGACAUUGCAGGAUAUUCUUCAAACGACACAGGAACUGUUGCCGUAGAAGGAUUUGAACUAGACACAGAAAAAGCUGAGGAGAUGAGGGAACUGUUUUCAAGUGCAGAAAGUGCAAUGGAAGCCUGGACAAUGCUAGCCACUUCGUUGGGCCGUACAAGUUUUAUCAAAUCUGACUUUGAAAAGAUAUGUUUUCUUGAUAACACCACCACAGAUACACAGGUGGCCAUCUGGCGUGAUUCUGUUCGGAGAAGAUUAGUUGUUGCCUUCAGAGGUACUGAGCAAUCAAAAUGGAAGGAUUUGUGCACCGACUUAAUGCUACUUCCAGCUGGGCUAAACCCUGAGAGACUAAGUGGCGAUUUUAAACAAGAAGUUCAGGUUCAUAGUGGAUUCUUAAAUGCAUAUGAUUCAGUCAGGACUCGGAUAAUGAUGCUCACUGAACUUGCAAUUGGUUUUGAAUUGGGAGAUGAAUCAGAAAAUGCACCUAAAUGGCAACUUUAUGUUACUGGACAUAGCUUAGGUGGUGCACUUGCUACACUUCUUGCUCUUGAAUUAUCAUCAAGUCGAAUGGCAAAGCAUGGACAAAUUACGGUUACGAUGUACAACUUCGGUUCUCCUCGAGUUGGAAAUAGAAGGUUUGCUGAGCUCUAUAAUGAGAAGGUCAAAGAUAGCUGGAGAAUUGUGAACCACAGAGACAUUAUUCCAACAGUGCCUCGUCUUAUGGGCUACUGCCAUGUUGCUCAACCUGUUUAUCUUUCAGCUGGAGAUUUAGAGGGAUUGGUAAAUAGAGAAUUUCUAGGAGAUGGGUAUCAAAGUGAUGUAAUUGGAGAAGCCACACCUGAUAUUCUUGUGAAUGAGUUUAUGAAAGGAGAGAAGCAACUUAUUGAACAAAUAUUACAGACCGAGAUUAAUCUCCUCCGUUCCAUCAGAGAUGGGACUGCCCUUAUGCAGCAUAUGGAAGAUUUCUAUUACAUCACUCUUUUGGAGAAAGUGAGAUCAAACUAUCGACGGACGGUUUGAGGGAGCCAUCAUGCAAUUGCAUCUUCUUGAGUUAAUUCAGUUCAUUCUUGCACCUCCAACCUUCUUCUAUUAAGUUUUGUGAGGUCCUGAUAUUCUCUUAUUUUUUGUGUUGGACAUUUAUUUAUAUGACAAUUGGGGGUAUCAAGAUCGAUUACAAUAUAAUUUUUGAUAUUCUGGUCGAUCGACUGAAACUUGAUGACAAUCUGAUGUUUAGUGGAUUGAUGUACCUGUUGUUUUCUCAGUGGGGAUGGUGAUAACAUGAUAGAAUGUCAAGCUAAUUUGCACUGCAAGUCGGGUAUGUAUUCAAUGCCAGAAAAUAUUUUAUUAUCAUUAUUUUUAUUCA